AUGAAAAGAAAAGAUAGAGAUAGUAAUAAUAAUAAUAGUAAUGAUGGAGAGGAAGAGGAAGAGGAGAUUGAAUAUACAACACAAGGACUGAAUAGAUUAUAUAAAAAAGAUCUAUUAGAGUUGUGUAACAAGAAUGGUGUACAAACUACCAACAAAGAGACAAAGACAUUGAUAAUUAAAAAGCUACUCAAACAUGAUAAGCAAAGAAAGGAAGAUGAACAAGUAAUAGAGAAAAUCACAGAUUACAAUCAAGGUGCGUUAGAGUAUUGCUUGCCAUGGAUCAUCAUUGCUAGAAUAUUAAAGGUGGCAUUUGACACUAUCGAUAUAUGUACUUGUAUCGGCUCGAGUGACUAUAGAGAUGCUGUGGAGCAACAACGAUUGAUUCCAAUGUUUUCGCGCGGAAACCAACCUCGUUACUAUUCAUAUCCCGACCGUCGACCACUCGAACAAGAUCUGUCAGUGUUUAUGUGUAUUCAAGUUGAUUCGCACAUCAAGAAACUUGUACCCAAUGUUGGGAUCUUGUGUCAAAUGCACCUAUUCAAAGUCGACAUGGGACACAAACCACCAAUAUUCGAUGAUUGCAAGGAUGAUAGCAAGCUAUGGAAGAGAUCAUUGGCAAUGGUCUCCAAGAGAGUAUUCUCUUACGUGUCGACUACGUUAUUCACCGAUAUAACAUUGAAACCAACCGACAAAGUGUGGAAUCAUAUUAACGAUCGUCAUUGCAUCAUCAAGAAAGCAACUACUCUCUCGAUCCUCCCAUCAUCAUCGGCUACCAAAUUCAACACAUUCUUUAGAAUCUCUUCAAAAGAUUUGUUGUGUGAUGUUGAAAAGAUUCACUUUCAGAGAGUAGGAUCUGGCGGAGGGUGGUACCUCCCAAAGGCCAAUAGUCUGACCAAUGUAGCCGAAUCUCUACCAAAACUCAAGAGUAUAUCUCAUUACGGUGAUAUCAACAACAAUACAAUCACAGCAUUGUUUAAAAACUUUAACAACCUCACCUCUGUCAACCUUUUAUGUGCCUCUAUUGGUCCAUAUAUAUUCCAACACUUGCCAACAUUCCUCCUCAAACCAGGAACCCGUAUCACCAAGCUACUUCUUCCAGACCGCUUUGAUUGGAAUUUGUUAGAUGUACAAGUCAAACAAAACCUUCGAGUUGUGUCAUCACCGUACUAUGAUAUCAAACAACAAGAGGACUUUCCUAAUCUCAAACACAUCGUUUAUACCAAAGGGCACCUUGGACUAUCAAUACCAGAUAGUGUCAGAAAAGUGACGUUCACCAUACUCGUACCAGGUACAUUCGAUUCAUUAAUCAACUAUCCACUCAUCGAUACCGUCAGAUUCAAAAAUAUAUCAAAUGAUAAAAAUAAUUCAAAUCUUGAUUUGGAGGAAAGGCAGUCAUUAAUAACAAUCCAAAAGAAUAAUAAUAAUAUCAAAAGAAUAAUCAUUGAUUCACCAACAAGUAUUUUAGAGAAUAGAAUCAUCAAAUUUAAAGAAUUGGGAUAUGAAUAUCUUGGAUCAACCAUUUCAAAUACAUCAUAUUACAAAUUACAAUUUAAAUUAAUAGAUAAUAAUAAUAAUAAUAUUGAUAAUAAUAGCCAUCAUCAUCCCUCCUCUUUAAUAUCAACUGAUAAUAUUAUAAAUAAUAAUAAUAAUAAUAAUAAUAAUAAUAAUAACUGUAAUAAUAAUAGUAUAAAAUUACCAAACUAUAUUAUUUAUAAUAUUAUAUCUAUGGUUUGGAAUUUAAGAGAUCGUUGUACUUGUAUUUAUGAUAAAUCGAUAUUGGAUAGAUCAAUUGAAAAAGGAAUGUCAAUAUUGGAUGAUGAAUCAUUUAUUGAAUCAUUCCUGGCAAUCAAGAAUCAAUGUGCCGUUCAUUUUUCAACCACAACACCAUACCCUCCACUUGGAUUGAAUGGAGUACAUGUCAAUCGAUCAAGAUUACAACUAUCACUCAUUUCAAAAGAUUUAUUCAAUCAUAUCAAAUUAAAUCACUUUAAUCAUAUGGUCAACCAGACGAGAGAACAACUCGAUCAGCAUCUCAACCAAAUCAAUAAUGAAUAUUGUAUAUUAAAUCAUUCGGUCAACUCGAUCCAUGUUGGUAACAGUAGUGAUUAUAGCCAACUAAAUGAAAAUGAAAGGUUGGCAAUCACAAAAGUACAAUUCUCGGUUAAAAGAUUGAUUAGCUUAACUCAAAAUCUACCCAACAUCAAAUCUCUUUUAUUCGAUUUGUACGAUGAUUCGGUUCGACGCCAUGCUAUUGAUGGGCUCAAGUUCUUGACCAAAUUGGAUAUUCGUAGAAGUACUCCCUAUGAGACCUAUGAUAUCAUUCAUAGUAUGAACCGUGCAUUAAAAGGCAAACCAAUCACCAAACUCUAUUGUCCAAGCUAUCGUGGUGUCCCCGAUGAUGUCAAACAAUCUGUCAGAUCCAUCUCAAUCAAUUCCAAACAAUUCGAUAUUCUAGAUCAAUUUCCAAAUCUAGACAGACUACAUCUAUCUUGUGAAGUAGAGUGUAGUGACUUGAUAAAACUACCAAAUAGAAUCAAAAAGAUAACAACCUCAACCUGUAAUACAACACACUGUCUUCAACUCAAUCCAUCAGUUCAAACAUUUAAAUACAUUAAUAAUCAAUUCGAAUCGUGUAGCUAUAUUUACAUUUUAUUGAUGGAACUUUCAAAGGUUGGUCAUCAUCAUAUUCAAAGGUUUAUGUAUCGAUCCAGCAUCAACCCACCCAUACUUGACAUGUCGACCACUUGUUUUAAAAUUGAUUACUCUACAUCUAAAAUUGGUAAUCCUAGUACUAGAGGUCAAACAACCUUAACAUUUUCGAGAAUCAAAUCUAUCUAA